AUGACAGAAUCAUUUGAAAGUAUCGCCAAAAGAUAUGUAGCAUAUCCUAGAGAAAGUAACACUACGUGCAGUUUGUGCUAUGAGCACCCAACCGACUCAAGGAUUGAGGAGUGCACUCACCGAUUUUGUUUAGCAUGCAUUUGGCAUAAUUUGAAAUAUGGCUAUCCAUGCCCGAUAUGUCGUAAAGAAUACCACAGAAUUAUAAAAGACGAUUUGGGUGAUUAUUUAACUUGGAAAUGUAUAUCAGCCGAGUACCCCGUACGAAUUUUCUGUUUUUUUAUUAAUAACCGCGACAGAGAGUUCUUUCUAAGCUUCUUAGCUGGAUAUACAACAAAUCAAGUUUGUUACUAUAUAUAUUCACAAGAGAAUGCAGCAAUCUCGACCCCGCUAUGA